AGAGCUGUCACUGCAACACCAGCUUUGAAGAAAUCAGGAAGUGAGUUACUGGGUGAGAGAAAACAGCUUUCCAAUGCUGAAGGAUAAUCAAAUUUUGGACAAUGAAUGAUCAGGCUCAUGCUUUAGUUUUUACAGUAAGUGAAACACAUGGUAUCCCAGCAAGGUUUGCAAAACUCAUCGAGAAACAUUUCAAAAUCAUCUGCUGUGAAGAAUUCCUGAAAAAUGAAAAAGAACUUGCUGAUAAAAUCCAGGUCAUUUUAAUGUGGCAUCAUUCUCCCACAAUAAAUGAAAAGCUUCUGAAAUCUCUCCCAUGUUUGAAGGCCAUUGUAAAUCAUGGAGUUGGUGUGGACCAUCUUGACUUAUCCCUGAUCCACAGUUUUGGUGUGAAGGUGGCCAACACUCCUCAUGUGGUGGACAAUGCUACUGCUGAAAUGGGCAUGGCCCUAAUGUUGGCAUCUGCCAGGAAUAUAUUGAAAGGUCAGCAGAUUUCAACUUCUCCAGACACUAAAAUUUAUCCUUUGAAUUUAUAUGGAGUCGAGGUGACUGGAGCUACUCUUGGGAUCAUUGGAAUGGGACGGAUUGGAUACAAAGUUGCUCAAAGAGCCAAAGGAUUUGAUAUGAAAAUUCUAUAUCACAACAGGAACAGGAGGACUGAGGAAGAAGAGAUGCUGGUUGGGGCUUGCUACUGUGCAAAAAUUGAUGAUCUCCUCCAGGAGUCAGAUUUUGUCAUGAUAGUAGUAAACCUGACUCCUCAAACUACCAAAAUGAUUGGAGAAAGAGAGCUUAGACUAAUGAAACCCAACGUCACUCUCAUUAAUAUCUCUCGCGGUGGAGUGAUUGAUCAGGAUGCUUUGGUGAAAGUGCUUCAGAAUGGAAUUAUUCGUGCAGCAGCACUAGAUGUCUCUAAACCAGAGCCCCUUCCGAGGAAUCAUCCUUUGCUACACUUACCAAAUGUCAUUCUGACUCCCCACAUUGGAGCUACCACUGAUAAGACUCAUCAUAUGAUACUGGAGAAAAUGAUUGAAAAUGCUUUGGCUGCUGUUCGUGGUCUUCCAAUGCCUAAUGAAGUUCUGCUGUCAUGAUGGGUAUAAGCAGCAGAGAUUUAGUAAUUCUUUGAUUCUAGUACAUUGUAGUAAUGAUCACCUCGGCAUCAGUUUAUUCAAAACAAGAGUUUUAACAGCUAUAGUGAAAAAAUAAGGUUUCUAUACCCUAUGGUCACCCAAAAUAAUAUUGGGAUAUUCCUUUUCCCUCCUUUCAUAUUAAUUCAUAAAAUUCAAGCCAACUCUCACAGAGAAGCACAAGAGUCUUGAUGCAGACAUAACAAGAUGAGAAAUGAAUUGACUUAACAAGUAAAACAUUGUGAUCCUAAUUCUGCCCACCAAUGCUUUAUUCAUCAGACCCAGACCAAGGACAAUACUGAGGAGCACCUCUGUUCAUUGAAAUAUCAGCACAGCCUGGUGAUGAGUGUACAGCCCCUUGACAUUCACGCCCUUACCACCUUCACCUUACCCCCCAGACAUUCCUCAUCUCCUCACAGCCCUGAACCCAGUCAUCCAGUAUCCAUGAUAAAAAUGACUCUCAGCCUCUGUAAUAACAUUGGGAAAUCCUUGGGAAAGUGAUAAAUCAGAUAAAA